AUGGCUACAUCCAUCUAUAGCUUUGUGAGUGGGGGGUUCGCCACUUUCACCACCGCCAUGUAUAGUUACAUCGCUGAUAUCUCUCGAGUCCGCGGACGAACGGCCCGGAUCGCUCUCCUCGACUUUUGUCUCAUGCUGGGAUUCCCCCUUGGGAUUUAUACUUCUUCCAAAGUGUAUUUGGUCUUGGGUUAUUACGGGGUAUUUGGCAUCACUAUUGGGAUUCAUUUGAUCAAUUGGCUCUUCGUGGGUCUCUUUGUCAAGGAGACGUGUGGUCCCAGAUCUUCCUAUCAAUUGUUAGAUAACCAAACCGAAGAAGUCCCUGAGCCAUCCUUCAAGCUUUUAGAUAUGCGAAAUAUUUGGAGCGUAUUCACCACGUGCUUUCAGCGACGCCCCAAUAGCCGAAGAAGAGUCAUUCUACUCCUAGUUUUUAUGAUGAUUGUCAACACAACAGUAUUUAACACCGGAACCAUGACCUAUCUUUACACUCGUCUCAAAUUUGAUUGGAACGAACAAGACUAUUCUAUAUGGAAUUCGGUUUCUGCUCUUUUCACGGCAGCCGCCACCAUUCUCGCCUUACCCGUGCUAAGUUUUACCUUUGGAAUAUCGGACGGAAUCAUCGGAAUGAUGGGAUGUAUCUCCGGCAUUGCCAGCAAUGUCUUAGUGGCCUUUGUAACCCAGGAUUGGAUGAUGUACUUGUGCUAUGUUGUCCAAAGUUGGAUGUAAAGAAGAUCUGGGCAAGAUUUUUUCCCUCGUAGCUUGUCUGGAAUCCACGGUACCCAUCAUUGCCAUGCCAGCACUCACCUUGGUCUACAAUAACACAAUUGAAACUCUACCUGGAGCUGUGUUUCUGGUUCAAGCUGGGAUUUUCCUCACCAUUCUCACCAUCAUCAGUUAUAUUCAUUGCAUAUUAAUGAACCCUGCAAUGCGAUACGGGCAAACCAUCACGAAUUCCCCCGAAGCGACCAAUGAUAAUCCGGGUCCAAUUUCAGAACCUGCAGAGGCUCCACCGAACGAACGAAAUCCUUAAUCAAAAUCAUUAAGCAACAUCUGAUAUGUCCUUUUUUACGAAUCAUGUUAAGAAAUAGUCACAAUUCACAAUAUCAAUAUUUGUGUGAGAAUAACAGAAUGAUGUAUA